CCCGGCCCGGGGAGGCCGCGAUGGCGAACGCGAGCGAGCCGGGCGGCGGCGGCGGUGAGGCGGCCGCCCUGGGCCUCAAGCUGGCCACGCUCAGCCUGCUGCUGUGCGUGAGCCUCGCGGGCAACGUGCUGUUCGCGCUGCUGAUCGUGCGGGAGCGCAGCCUGCACCGCGCCCCUUACUACCUGCUGCUCGACCUGUGCCUGGCCGACGGGCUGCGCGCGCUCGCCUGCCUCCCGGCCGUCAUGCUGGCGGCGCGGCGGGCAGCGGCCGCCGCGGGGGCGCCGCCGGGCGCGCUGGGCUGCAAGCUGCUCGCCUUCUUGGCCGCGCUCUUCUGCUUCCACGCCGCCUUCCUGCUGCUCGGCGUGGGCGUCACCCGCUACCUGGCCAUAGCGCAUCACCGCUUCUACGCCGAGCGCCUGGCCGGCUGGCCGUGCGCCGCCAUGCUAGUGUGCGCCGCCUGGGCGCUGGCGCUGGCCGCGGCCUUCCCGCCCGUGCUGGACGGCGGCGGCGGCGGCGACGACGAGGACGCGCCGUGCGCCCUGGAGCAGCGGCCCGACGGCGCCCCCGGCGCGCUGGGCUUCCUGCUGCUGCUGGCCGUGGUGGUGGGCGCCACGCACCUCGUCUACCUCCGCCUGCUCUUCUUCAUCCACGAUCGCCGCAAGAUGCGGCCCGCGCGCCUCGUGCCCGCCGUCAGCCACGACUGGACCUUCCACGGCCCCGGCGCCACCGGCCAGGCGGCCGCCAACUGGACGGCGGGCUUCGGCCGCGGGCCCACGCCGCCCGCGCUCGUGGGCAUCCGGCCGGCCGGGCCCGGCCGCGGCGCGCGCCGCCUCCUCGUGCUCGAGGAGUUCAAGACAGAGAAGAGGCUGUGCAAGAUGUUCUAUGCCAUCACGCUGCUCUUCCUGCUCCUCUGGGGGCCCUACGUCGUGGCCAGUUACCUGCGGGUCCUGGUGCGGCCCGGCGCUGUCCCCCAGGCCUACCUGACGGCCUCCGUGUGGCUGACCUUCGCGCAGGCCGGCAUCAACCCCGUCGUGUGCUUCCUCUUCAACAGAGAGCUCAGGGACUGCUUCCGGGCCCAGUUCCCCUGCUGCCAGAGCCCCCAGGCCACCCAGGCCACCCUCCCCUGCGACUUGAAAGGCAUCGGUUUGUAAGUGGCUCUCCCGCCACCUGCACCCCAACCCGGCCUCUCCCUUUGGCUUGGACAGUGACGUCUUUUCUCCCCCUUCUGCCCCCUGUUUAAUUUUCUGAGCUGCCUUCAAAACGGCUCUCGAAGUGCAUCAUCACUAGGAUUGUACAGACCCCUUUUGGGCAGGGUUUUGAAGUCCCAGCCCCACCCCCGCUCCUUGCGAUUGUCCUCCUAAAUAUAUUUUCAUCCUGACAGUAGGCCCUGGAGUCUUGGUACUGGCACUGAUGUCUUUUAUUCCAUGAGUUACUUUUUUUUUCUUUUUUUUUUUCAAUAAAGGCUAAACUAAUUUUCUUCAUGCAACCUUUCCUAAAGACCAUGGCCAGUUUUCUACAGAAGCUAUUUUUGACAACCUCAAGUGGCAUUACAUUUUGCAGUGAGGUAGAGGAACCCAGGGGGACUUCACAAGUUCGAUUUCUUGAGGGUCUUCUGUUGGCAGCAGGAGAAAGAGGGAAAGUUGUCUCAAGUUCCCUCUGAAUUGCCAUCGGUGGGGUCAGUUGGACUGCUCUGGUUCUUUGAAGGCGCUGAGAAUUUUGUUCAGUAUUGAUAUUGAAUUUAAAGAGCAGAAAUGGGAACGAGUAGCAAGGCAGUCAUUUUUAGUCAGUAACAAGUAACACAAGAUUUGUUUCCUACCUUGCUUCAUACUACUAGGAAAUGCCCGUCAGCAACAACUGCUCUUUGUAUCAUACCAAUCUUGAGUGGAAACAUUUCUGUAAAACUGUACCUUUCAAAAGAGUAAAAAGUGUUUUGGUUAGUAAUGGUGUGGAGAAGAUACAGUAUUGCAUGUUUUCGUAUUGUGGUGGUUCACGGAUUGGGAGGGCUCGGAGACAAGCAGAGUACUAAAUCAAAACUGUUUAGGUAUUUUUUGCCAAUAAAAAUUAAAAUAAUUUUAGGGGAACAGUUUGUGCUUUGAAGAGCCCAGUUUUAUUCUGUCUUAUGAAACUAAUUGCCAUUUUGAAAAUUGUUUUUCUUUUGUUCAUGGUAUAAAUGGAUGGAAUAUAAUGAUACUCUACUUCUAUGAGACAAAGCAUUUCCUUAAAAUGUUUGCUAGGUUAAGCUGUGCUGUUCUCCUGAUGGUUAUUUUAAAUUAAUAAUGAGAACUAUAAUUUUAAAUACUAUUUCUUUGUUAGACGCAUUGUAACCUUAAGUUGAAAGACUAAAUUCUGCAAGUACUGUAUUUUUUCGCUUAUAAUGCUACAUUUUUAUUAACGUAUCUUCCGUUUUGAGGAUUUAUAUCUGUAUUUCUCUUUGCAUUAUAUAAAUAUACCAGUAUUUUCAUUCUGGAGUGGGUUUUUGUUCCUGUUGUUUGAGGCUGUGACAGGUGGUAAUAUGCGUCUAAGUAAGGUACUCACGUUUUUAUUAUCCUUUUAGUGCAUGCUGUUUAGCUGACCAUAAUUUCUAAGACAUUUGGAGGCUUGUUAACUUAAAAUGCAAGAUAAAAAAUCUGCAGAUC